AAGAAUUAGUUCGGUGCGAUGCUUAAUUUGUGAAUUAAGAGGAGUGAUUAAAUAAAUUAUUAGUUAACAAUAAACAUUAGCGUGAUUUAUUGUCAUAUUUUUUCUUUUUCUGAGAGAAAAAGAGAGAAAGAAGUGAAGUCGAGUGGAAGUGAAAUAACUUCAAGAACUGUUGUUGUUGUUGCAUCUGUGUUUUUAUAAAAGUCUACACUCAUUCCUAGCUCUUAAAUGUCUAAAACAAAUCUUAUUCAUUCAACUUUUUAUUUUUAAAUAGAACAUGCUUCGCUUGAUAAGCUAUUCCUCAGCUGAUUCAUUCAUCAAACGUGACUAUGUAUUAGACGUAAUAGAUAAAAAUUCAAAAUUUACGGAGCAUCAACAUAAUGCUGAUUUGAGUAGUUAUAAUUACAUUCAUUUGACAAGUGCGAAUAGUUUAAAAGCAUAUUCGAUGAGUAAGGAAGGAAGCAAGAGAUUACUCGUGCAGCAUAGACGUGAAUAUUAUAAUGAUUUUGAAGAUUGUUUGCGUGAUUUUAAAAAUCAGAAAAUUAAAUCAAUUCAAAAGCAGACAAAAGUUCAUCAUUCGGAUGGUGAUAAUGGUGAAAGUGAUUCCGAAUAUGUCGACUGUACCGACAACAGUUCUGAUUUCAAACAACAGUCAACAUUAUCUUCAAAGUCGUUGCCACAUGUCCCUGUGGAUGAUUAUCAUGAUGAUGAUAAUUUUCGUCGAGAGUCUGAAUACUAUAAAUUUACAACAAAAAUGCCAGCAGCAUCAAGCGUUUAUGUCACUACAACAACAACAAAAACAUCAGGAGCAGCAGCAAGGACAAUAUGUAAUGAAAUUGAAACCCGCACAAGUGAUACAAUGGCAACAACUAAAGCACAAAAACCACCACAAAUGUUAAAAAUUAAAUCAAAUGAUGGAACUCAAUUAAACAAAAAUUAUGAUGACUGUGGGAGAUUUAAACAAAAUGAGAGCACAGAACAAUUAAAGGCACAUAAUAGAAACAAUAAUAAAAGUAGUAGUAAUAGCAACAGUAACAAUAAUAGCUGUAGUUCUAGUAGUUAUAAAAAUAAUAAUCUAAACAAUCAAGUAGUUGAUAGAAGGACAAGAAGUACUGACAAGGUCGUCAGCGUGAAUGAGAAAUCAAUAUCGAUUGAUGAAUCCCCAUCAACAUCAGCCGUUCCAAUUAUAGAUGAUAAAAAAAUCAGCAAGAAACCUCAAGUUGUUAGUUUAACACAACAAUUACCGCAAUUAGUCGAUAUUUCAACUGUUGAAGUGCGCGUCGUCACGAAACAACCUGCUGCUAUUAUCAACGAUGACGUUAGUGCCACAAUAAAUGUGAAAAAGGAUGAUAUGAAAAGGAAAAGCUGUAAAAAGAGACAAGCCUCGAUAAAAGACCCAACUCAAAGGAAAAUGACUGUGACGGUGACUGAUAAUAAAAUCAAUAAUAACCUAGACGAUACUACGUGGAGUUCGGAACGAGAAGUCGUACUGGAGCGUGUUCAAAAUAAAUCUUUUGGUAUCUCGAUCGUUGGCGGAAAGGUUAAUGUGUCAGGCGAUGCAUUGGUAUCCGGAAUUUUCAUCAAAAAUAUCAUUGCGGGAAGCUCGGCAGACUUAUGUGGCUUAUUGAAAGUUGGUGAUAGGAUUUUAGCCGUCGACGGUAUAGAUAUUCGACACUCAAGUCACGAAGUGGCUGUUAAAACGAUAAAAAAUGCCGGCGAUAAAAUGACACUUCGUGUUCAAAGUCUAAAUACUGGGAAUGCGGACGAGAGUCCUAUUGAUUUCAUAAAGAAAAUACCACCGCCAUUGACACCAGCAAAAACACCAAUUCCUGAAAUAAUACAGGAGGGUGUAGUAAAAGAAGACUUAAAAGAGGAGAUGAAGGAUGAUCUAAAGCCGAUGCAGCCAUUAAUAAAAGAACCGAAAAAGAGCGCAUCAAAUGGUUUAACGAGCCCGGAGAUUGAUGAUGGGGAGCAUUUAAUGGUUGUGGUAAAUAGAAGUUCAGGUUUUACUCCAGUUCCUGACACAGAAUCUGAAGGGUCAUCGGAUGAAGAUGAAGAUAAUCGUGAGAUGGAAGGCAAAACAUAUUCGGAAGCAGGAAACGAGAUCGACCGAGCUAGUGCAGGAAAUGUGAAACGUUCGAAAGAGGAAGUAGCCGCGGAUCCCGAGAAAGAAAGCGAUUUUGGAUACACAAUGAACAAAAUAAAGAAACGAUAUGGAAGCUUGGGAACAGUAUUAUGUCAUACGAUCGAUAGAGGAAGUUGUACGACUAUUGGAAUCUCAUUAGCUGGACAUCGUGAUCGUAAUAAAAUGGCAUGCUUUAUAGCCGGAAUAAACCCGAAGGGAAUUGCAUCAUCUGCUGGAGGAUUAGAGAUUGGCGACGAAAUUCUUGAAGUUAAUGGCAUUGUGCUGCAUGGACGAUGUCAUUUAAAUGCAUCUGCCAUAAUAAAAGGAUUACCAGGUCCAGUUAUUCAAUUUAUAGUCCUUAGAAGGAGGCAAGCUCUCGAAGACUUAGCUGUUAAGCCUGUUACUCAAUUUCCUGUUGAAAUUUCUAAUGAAGAUGCUUUUGCUACCUUUAAGAACGUUCGUCAUGUCUCAAUCAAGAAGGGUAAUCAGAGCUUAGGAAUUAUGAUUAUUGAAGGAAAACAUGCGGAAGUUGGGCAAGGUAUUUUCGUGUCUGAUAUUCAAGAAGGUUCGAAUGCGGAACGAGCUGGUCUUAGUAUCGGUGACAUGAUAUUAGCUGUAAACAAAGACUCCCUCCUUGGCUGUAAUUACGAGACGGCAGCGAGUAUGCUUAAGAAAACUGAAGGUGUCGUGGUGCUUACUGUAUGUAAUCCAAAUAAAAAAGACAAUGAAGUAGUGAAAAAAGACAUAGAACAGCCAGAGAUAACGAAAGGACCAAGUCGUCCAAUAACGCCAAAACCACAACCAUCGCCAGCGAAAGAAGUUCCAGCCGAUCCAUUCACAUGUGAAAUUGCAUCCAACCAUAACACAGUGAUUGAGAUAAAAUUGGAAAAUAAUCCAAUUGGCAUACAAGUUGCUGGAGGUUGUGAUACGUUAGUUAAUACUGGAGCAGUCAUCGUUAACAUAUUACCUGGUAGUAUUGCCGAAAAAGACAAACGUUUGCAAGUGUUCGAUCAAAUAAUCGAAAUAAACUCUACCAAAAUCACGCCAGAGUUGACAUGUGAAUUAAUUCAGAGAGCCGUGAAACAGGUGCAAUCGAAAGUGAAAAUGACGAUAUAUCGAGCAGAUCCGCCUGAAGUGGAGACACUAGAUGUAGAAAUAACAAAAAAGCCUGGAAAAAAUCUCGGCAUUGGAUUUUUCACUUCAAAUCCACGAGGAAUGUUUGUCACUGAUAUUGUAUCCGGUGGCUUGGCUGAUCUCGACGGUCGUAUACAAAAAAGUGAUAUUGUAACACAUGUCAAUUCUGAAAAAGUAAGCAAUAUGGGUUUAGAUGAUUGUUCAACACUGUUAAAGUCGAUCCAAGGAAAAGUCGCCUUCAAGGUAUUGCGAGCGAAACCAAAGAAACGUAGCAGUUAAAUUUUAUUUCUAAAGUAAAAAAAAGUCACAUAGAAGCAGAUGUUUGAAAGGUGGAUGCGAAAAAAAAACAUGUUAAUAGAUGGACCCAUUUUAGAGACUUGCAUGCUUGCUAUAAUGCAUCGCAAAAAAACAUUAUUAUAUUGAAGAAAUUAAGGAGAUAUAGAAAUGAUGAAUGAUCCGAGUGACAUAAAUGUGGGAUGGGAAAAACGUGACAUUUGGGAGGAUAGACAUUUGAUGAUAAAUGUUGUUGGGAAAGUUGUAGCUAAUGGCAUGAACUUGUGAGAAUGUAUUCGAGCAUUCUUUCGAUUUAUGUCAUUUAAUUAUUAUUUUUUUCAAUUUAGAAAGGCGUUUAUGAGUCUUUAGAGUUUAAUAAUUACUAUUGGCAUUCUUAGGAUUGCGAAUAAUAAUAAUUAUUUGGAUUAGAUUAAUUCUUAAGUCAAAUUAGUUAAAGGAUCUUGAUCUUUGAAGAGAGAAUGGACUGAUCAGCUGAAUGAGAUGCGCCUGACUUCAUCCAAAUAUGGCAAUUACUCAAUUUUAAUAUCAAAGGGUCGAAGCUGAUAAGCUUAGCAUAGAAAAAUGUGAAAUUUUGCGCUCAUUAUAGCAACUGGUCAGAUAUGAUACAGAAUCCUGUUGAGUUCUAACACUUGAAAUGGAUGUCAAAUGACUUUUUGCCACAAAAAAAUCAAGAAAUUGAUUUAAGCCUUAAAAAUCUACUUCGAUCUUCAAUUUUUUUUUACUACUCCAGUCUUUUCUUUUUAAUUUUUUAAGAAUUCUCAAAUGAAUAUCCACAUAAAUGUCAUGUUAUUGCCAUUUCCAAUUUACUAGUCACUUGGGUGAGAGAACCUUAUGACAUAAGACACACGAAAAAAAUUCUAAACAAAUUAAAUUAAUUAAAGAAGUAAUGAAAAUUUUAUGAAAUUAAAUCACGCUAAAAUGAAAAAAAUAAUUCUGUUUUAUUUUUCAACAGCCAGUAAGAUUUUAUUGCAAUUUAAGCAUCUAUUAAUUGUAUUUUGUUAUUGAAAAAAAAAUUAGAAUUUUAAAUUAUUUUGUUGGAAAUGAAAGAUUUUGAGAGUUUUAAUUUCUUUAAACAUUCUUAUAUAUGCAAUAGAAUACUCAUGUUAAGUAUCUCUACAAAAUGAUGUUUCUAGUUUAGACAGACAACUGAACUUCAAUCUCUGCUUUAAGCUCUCAAAAAUAUUUCAUUUCUUUUUCUUUUAAAAUUAAAUCUCAUCAAGAUAAUUAAAGUUAUUAAUAUACUCAGUUAGGCAUGUAUAUCAUUUGUUUUGUAUUGAUGAACUGCUUCAGGUAGAAUUCUUAUUCAUAUUAUAGACUAGCUUUUUAUUAAGUUUAAGUUUGAAAAGAUCAAAUUAAUAGUUUUCGAAAUAUCAACGCCAAAUAACAUAAAAGGAACCAACCUUUUGGACUGUUCAGUUAAAUUAAUUUUAAUAUUUUUAAACUAAUACUAGAGUAGCCAGCAAAUUAGCAUACCUUAAAAAAAUUCGAAAAAAUAUUAUUGCCUUAAUUUAAAGCUCAUUCUAUACAAAACAUCUGAAAUACAUGGAAAAUAUAUUCAAAAAAAUUUAUACAAAGAAUUUUAAAAAAUUUCAAUAAUUAUUGCCCAUUAUAAAAAGUGAACCUACAAAAAAGAAUGUCGAUUCCUAAAAAUAUAAAAAGUGCUAUAAAUCCUUUAGAAAUAAUUUUGUUAUAAAUUUCCAAAAAUUUCUCAUAUUUAUUGUUGUUCGGUUAAUUUUGCAAUCACCUUUUUCCUUUCAAAUGCAAAACGUUUAAUCAAAAUCUUUAUUCAUUCAUGACAAACUGUUGUUUUGAAAAAGCUGCAAAAUUUUUUAAGUAUCACCAAAAAAAGAUUGAUUUCAGUUAAAUUAAAGGGAUGAGGAUAUAAAUCGAUGGAGCUAUAAUUUGUGAUUAAAACAAUUUCUUUUACAAGUAAUUAUUUUUUGGUACACAGGACUACACCAGUGGUUCUCGAACUGAGUGCCGCGACACACUGGUGCUCCUCAAAAGAAUUCCAGGUGUGUCGUGAAACGUUUUAAGCAGAAAAAGUGCCGUGGACCAAACAUUUUUUAGAAACACUGGACUACAACAUUGGCACGAAUAGCACAAGUUGGUUAAUUGAUCAGAAAUACGGCACCAAAUCAGUAUGACUCUCGCAUGGUGCUGGAUUUAAAUCGAAGCUAGCACCAUGCCAGCUUAAAGCCAGGUUUCUAUUCAAUUAACCUACUUGUGCUAUUCGGGAGGUUUCAUGGAUCAUUUUGUAAUAUUUAACGAUCCUAAAUACCACAAAGCAUUCGUUAAAUUUCAAUCAUAAGGAGGGACGGGAGAGGUUAGUGAGAAUCGAAUAGCUCUAAUUCCAAUCUUAAUGGAAUGUAUUUGCUCUAAUGCAAUUCUAAUACUGACUGUACUAGAUCAAUCUGUAUCUGAAUCAAAGAUCAAUAAGGAAAAGCUUUGCUAAUAUUCGAUCACUUCUGUGUGAGAAUUUCGAAUAAAUCAGAGAAUUUAUUAUUUUCUUGUUGAUUCAGUCUUGAUGAAAACUUUUCAGAUAUCUAUCCAUACUUAGAGGCAUUCAACCAUCGAAAUCUCACCUUACGGUUCAUUAUCCUCAUUCCCAUCAAGAAAGUCGUUAAAGACUCAAGAAAAUUACUAACCAUAACGAAAAAGAAUGAAAAAAAGAAGAAAACUAGCGAAAUAAAUUAAUGAAAAAAUAAUGUAAUAAUUCAGAGUUUAUCGAUGUUAAUUAGUUUAUAAAGUGAUAAUCACUUUUAGGACAAAAAAAUUUAAGGUUUAAACAAGAAAAAAAAGUUGAAAAAUCAUGAUAAUUAAAUCAACACUCCAUCAUUUUCUAUUUUAUAGCUUUCUAUCUCUCUCUUUCUAUUUUUCUUAUCUCUAUCUCUUUCAUUUUUAUUUCAAUUAAUUAGAAGCAAAUAAAAAGGUUUCCUUUCUUCCAAAAUUAUGUGUCCAAAAAUGAAGAAAACGAAAAACAUGAGAUUUAUAGUUGUGUAUAGUAACAAAAGAUGAAAAAAUAAAAAAUUAUAAUAAAUAAAAAACCGAUUCCAAAGAUGAUGAACAAAAAAGUUUUUAAAAAUAUAUAAAAUAAUAGAUAUUAAUUUAAUUAAAAAUGAAUAA